UUUCCCAAUCAAGUUCAUUUCUUUGACGGUAAUGAGAAACUCAUGGUGAAGCUUGAGAAAUAUAUAUCGAUCACGUCGCUCUGUAGAAAUCGCAAUAUUAAUUUUCUCGUCCUCUUACUUCUCACGAGAAGUUAACAUCAACCAUGUUUUCAUUACAAAGACCCUUCACGUAUGUUCGAAUUACACCUCAGCUUCAAUUUGCUGAGUCCGAAGUCGCUUAACAAAACAAGAAGGCACGACCCGACGAAGAUAAAACCACGAAUAUAAUUUAUCUCACAACAUACUGAAUUCGUAAUGGAAGUACCGAGUUUCGCAGAUCUUGGGAAAAACGCAAGAGACGUUUUUAAGACGGGAUAUCAUCAUGGCAAAGGUCUUAUCAAAUUCAAUAUUAAGACCAAAUUCGCCAAAAGGUUCCAGCUGACGAGUGAUACAACGUUGAAUUUCGAAGUGUCAAAGUUAAGCGGAUUAAUGGAGACGAAGUACAAGGCGAAUGCUGGAGCUCUGCUAUUAAAAUGGACGACCGAUGGUGUGCUUUUCCUGGGAUAUGAGUUUAAUGGGCUGCUAAUGAAGGGCGUUGAUUUGCUCUCCGAGUGCUCUUACAAUCCGGAAACGGCUGCGAAAAGCGUGAAAGUCGGCUCGAAGUUCAUCAACAAGAGAAUCAACGCACGCUGCGAGAUCUCCAACGAUUUGGAUUCGGGUAGCAAUUUGCUCGGCUCGGUGGUGGUGAAAUGCCGGGAUCUGCUUCUGGGCUACCAGGGUGGCUACGACACGGCCUCGAACAGGAUAACGAAAAACGACGUCGGUGUCGCUUAUAGUUGCCCCGACAUUGACCUGCACUUUCGGUGCACCUGUAUACCACACGUGUAUGGGCUCUCCGUGUUGUACAAAGCGAGGCGCGACUUGGACAUCGCGGCAAACGGCAUAUACGCGAAACGAGGCGACGUGCAAAAAUGGACAGUCGGCGCUGGGGCGAAGUGCAAGAUCGACGAGAGGUCGACUCUGCGAUUCAAAUUCAACACUGAUCUUCAGUUAGCCACAAGUCUCCUACAAAAGAUCAGCGACGGUGUCACACUGAUCCUUUCGUUCAACAUAGACUGCGCGAAUGUCACCAGAGGUGGUCACAGAGUGGGACUGGCACUCAACGUCGAGGCUUAAGCUCACGAAUCUUACAAUUAGUCUACGACGAAUUUUGCAUGUCGGAUUUGUGAUAUCCUUUAUAUAUUGUCUAUUGCACGUUAGUGGUUGUGAAAUCUGGCCGGCGAUCGAUCAACCACGUAUCAA